ACGAGCUGAUGGGGAAGCUGCACAGGAUGAACCGGAGCCUGGGCCUGGUGCUCUACGCCGUGGAUCACAUGCAGAGCAGCGUGGAGGGCCGGCUCCUGCACAUCCAGAGAUUCAUUGGCUGGGCAGGAGUCAGCCUCGGCGCCGCCUGCACCUGCGUCCUGCACGCCGGCUACUUCCUGCUCUCGGCUCUGCUCAUGACCUUCCUGCAGACCCCAGGCCUCCCCCGCGCCGUGCUCCUGGUCUUGGUCAUCGCCAACGCGCUCUCCGAGCUCAACCACGCCGUCUCCCUGGGCUUCAAGUCCCUCACGCUUUUCCUGGUGCUCGUUGUCACCGGUAACUGGCUGCUGGCGAGCGUGUGCUGCUGCGCCCGGAGCGUGAGGGGCCGGAAGCCGCCUCUGGCGCUCUCACUGACUCCCCAGAGGGCAGCGGGGGCCAGCAGCCCCGAAGCAGAGCUCAAGGAUGAUCCCCGCUGUCAUAUCACCUCCACCCCUGACAG